ACAGGUGGAUUGUGGGAAGUCACAGGUGGAUUGUGGGAAAUUAAAGGUAAAAAGUUACAGGUGGAUUAUGGGACGUGACAAAAGUUUAUUCUAACUUUUAAAUGCAGUCUACGAUUCUGACCUAAAAACUGUGCUCCCUGCCAGACGCCAUGUUCCCGGUCGACUCUCCAGAUGUGAAGGACACUGACCUGACAUCAGCUUCUGAACACUUCCUCUCUUCUCUGGAGUCCAGACCUUCUCACAACGACUGGUUUGAGUUGUCACCGACGUCAAAGGUGGAGAUAACCUGGAGCAACGUGAGGCGGCUGCGGCUGUUUGAGGAGGACGGACCGGACGCUUCGCUGCCGGCGCUUCACCCCCCCGAUGAUCCAACACAAGUUGUGGCUUUGUACCUGCGUGAGAAGUGGUGGCGUGUGGAGGACAUUCUACGGACGUCCAGUAAAUCCAGAUGUGGUUUGUUGCUGGUGCAGUCGCUCAUGGAGAGGCUGGUGGUGUUCCUGCUGAGUCAGGUAGUGGAGAGGUCUUCCCAGGAGGGGGCGCUGUUCUCCCUGCAUCCCCGCACCGAGAGCUGCAAACUGCUGUGGACGGACAGUCAGGCCGUCGGCUUCUACUCCGUCAAACACAAAGGCAGCCUGUGCGACGGCCGCAGCGCUCGCUGUUACCUGCUGCCCGUCCUGGACACGGUGCUGGUGAGGAGGAGCUGCAGGAGGAGAGGCGCUGCUCUUCAGAUGCUUCAGGACUUCUGCUCCUCCUUCGCCACGGAGGAGUUCCUGGGACUCAGCGCUCCGCUGUCCCUCAGCAUGGCGGCAGUGUGUAGGAAGUUCCUGCUUCAGCACGAGGAACACCGGGAGCGUCUGUACGAGGUGGAGGCGCCGGGCGGCUGGGCUCAACGCCGAAACAUCUGGCUCAACAUCCAGCUCGGACGCUACGCCCUCAGUGCAGAUGAUGUUUAAAUCUGUUGUGUUUAGAUGUGUUUAAGGAUUUCAUCCUCAUGCUACAAGACUCAAAACACUUCCUGGAUUCCAGUGUGUUCUGUGCUUAUCUACAUUUAAUUCAAAACACAUAUUUAAUGUUGAGAGGAGCUGCCAGAGGAUUCUGUAUUCUCAAUAUCAUGAAUCUGAACACUGGCA